GUGUCUCACUGAUGGGGCUCUGACUGUGUCCCAGCCCGACACUCCUGUUGGAACUCUUUCCUUUUUCAUUUGAUACAUUUGACUCCCUGCUUCACUGAUUUGGUCCUUUGUUAACCAGUGUGUGUGUGAGUGUGUGUGUGAGUGUGAGUUGCCAUGUUGCGGGUUGUUGUAGAGUCGGCUAAAGCUCUGCCCAAGAAGAGGGUUGGAACUCCUGAUCCAGUUACCUCUGUGAUUUUUAAAGAUGAAAAGAAGAAAACAAAAUCAAUUGACAGUGACUUGAAUCCGGUGUGGAAUGAGGUGCUGGAGUUCGACCUGAAGGGGACUCCACUGGACGCCGGCUCCUUCAUAGACGUGAUUGUGAAAGACUAUGAAACCAUCGGGAGAGACAAAUUCAUCGGAUCAACCAAAAUCUCUUUGCGGGAUCUUGCCUCAGGUCAAGUGAGAUCCCUUCCAUCCAAAAAUGUUCCCUUAGUGGAUGAAAGUGGACAGAAUAUUGGAGGCACAAUCAACCUUGUGAUUGGCUAUGACCCUCCACCCAAUGCUACACCAAACCCCAACGACCCUGACGCGGGUGACUCUACGAUGGAUGCUGGAGGAGAGGAGUGGGAUGAGACUCAAACAGACGGGGGUGGCUCUGCGGGGGGGCUCACACCGGCUGCUCAGGGAGGUCAACUCCGGAGGCGUCUGGCCAAGUCGCAAAAUCGCCACCGACUGGUCGAUAAACCGCAGGAUUUCCAGAUCCGUGUUCGGAUCAUCCAGGCUCGUCAGUUGGCAGGGAACAACAUCAAACCGGUGGUGAAGGUCAACGUGUGUGGAGAGACCCACAGGACGAGGAUCAGGAGAGGGAACAACCCUUUCUUCGAUGAGAUGUUCUUCUACAAUGUCAACAUGCUCCCAUCAGAUCUGUUCGAUAAGAACAUAAGUAUACGGGUGUACGAUUCCUAUUCUCUGAGGGCCGACAGCCUGAUGGGGGAGUUCAAGCUGGACGUUGGUUACGUUUAUGAUGAAUCAGCUCACUGUGUCAUGAGGAAGUGGCUUCUGCUGAACGACCCAGACGACUCCAGCACCGGGGCUAAAGGCUACCUCAAAGUCAGCCUCUUCGUGGUGGGGGCGGGAGAUGAGCCGCCGGUGGAGAAGAGGGAGUAUAACGACGACCAGGACGACAUAGAGAGCAACCUGCUGCUGCCGGCUGGUUUGACUCUGCGCUGGGCCACCCUGUCGCUGAAGGUGUUCAGAGCUGAGGACAUUCCUCAGAUGGAUGAUGCAUUCGUCCAGACCAUGAGAGAGUUUUUUGGUGGAGAUGGAAACAAGAAGAACCUGGUGGAUCCGUUCUUAGAGGCUCGCUUCGCAGGCAAAAAGCUGUGCACUCAGAUAAUUGAGAAAAACGCAAACCCUGAGUGGAACCAAGUUCUGCACCUUCAAGUCAAGUUCCCCUCCAUGUGUGAGUCCGUCAAACUGACAGUGUUUGAUUGGGAUCGUUUGACAGGAAAUGAUGCCAUUGGCACCACGUACCUGAACCUGGCCAAGAUAGCCUCCUCUGGUGGAGAGAUAGAAGAGGAACAUGCAGGAAAUGGGGAAAUGACAUCGUAUGAAGCGAAGACAGGGGAGUCUGAGGUGGGGUUCCUGCCGGUCUUCGGCCCCUGUUUUGUAAACCUGUACGGCAGCCCCAGAGAGUUCAGCGGGCUGCCAGACCCCUACGAGGAUCUCAAUAUUGGCAAGGGAGAAGGAGUGGCGUUCAGGGGCAGGAUCCUGGUGGAGCUGUCCACGAAGCUGGAGGGAAAAGAAGACAAAGCGGUCGACAGCAUCCACAGUGAUGACAUCCUGGUGUCCCAGAAAUACCAGAGAAGGAGGAAGUACUGUCUCUGUGCAGUCUUCCACAGCGCUUCCAUGAUUCGGGAACCCGGAGAACCAAUCCAGUUUGAGGUCAGCAUCGGCAACUACGGCAACAAACUGGACACCACCUGCAAACCACUGGCCUCCACCACUCAGUAUAGCUGUGCUGUGUUUGAUGGAAACCACUACUAUUAUCUGCCCUGGGCCAACACGAAGCCAGUGGUUGUGGUUACUUCAUUCUGGGAGGACAUCAGCCACCGCCUGGACACUGUCAACAUCAUCCUCUACAUCGCUCACCGGCUGCAAUCUAACCUGGAGGCUUUUAAAAUUGCCAUCUUGGCCAAGAUCCCCGACAACCAGCUCGUCGAGGUGUGGCUCAAGUUGCUCACUCAACUGAUUGAAGACCUGGAGAGUUUCCCGACACCAGAGCUGGAGGGCAGCGUCAACCUGACGUCCCUGGACAUCCAAGUCAAGAAGCUGCGAGACAGCGCCCUCACUGCCAUGAAGAACGGAGCCAGACGCAUGAAGGAAGAGGCCAUGGAGAUCCGAGACACUCUGUCUGACAUUGAGUCCUGGGCAGACAAACUCAAAAUGUUGGCUGAGGAGCCCCAGAACAGCAUGCCUGACGUAAUCAUCUGGAUGCUCCGCGGGGAGAAGAGAGUGGCCUACAGCCGCAUCCCCGCUCAUGAAAUCCUUUACUCCACGUACAGCGAGCAGGCCUGUGGUCGACACUGUGGCAAAACACAGACCAUCUUCUUAAAGUACCCCAUGGACAAGGACAAGGGCUUGAAGGUGCCCGUUGUGAUCAGAGCCAACAUGUGGCUGGGUCUGUCUGCUCAUGAGAAAAAGUUCAACUCCUUCUCUGAGGGAACGUUCAGCGUGUUUGCCGAGUUGUAUGAGAACCAGGCCCAGGUGUUUGGGAACUGGGGGACCACAGGCCUGGUGGGACGCCACAAAUAUUCAGACGUGACGGGCAAACUGAAGCUGAAGCAGGAGCACUUCAUGCCCCCUAGUGGAUGGGAGUGGGAGGGCGAUUGGUUGAUUGACCCAGAGAAAGCUUUGCUAACAGAGGCAGAUGCAGGACACACUGAAUUCAUGGAUGAGGUAUUCCAAAAUGAAGCUCGCUACCCUGGCAGAGAGUGGAAGCCUGCCUCUGAGCCCUACACCGAUGUGAAUGGAGAAAAGAGCCGUAACCCUGCAGAGUUUGAACUGCCUCCAGGUUGGAUGUGGGAAGACGUAUGGACUGUGGAUGACAACAGAGCUGUGGAUGAUGAAGGCUGGGAGUACGGCGUGACCAUUCCUCCAAACGACAAGCCUCUGUCCUGGGUGCCGACAGAGAAGGUGUACCACGUCCACCGCAGGCGACGGCUGGUCAGGGAACGCAAGAGAGCUGCAGUGAAAGCAGGAGCUCCUGCAGAGAAACCGAAGCGGGGUGACCCAGAGGGAUGGGAAUUCUCUUCCCUGAUUGGCUGGAAAUUCCACAGGAAUGAGCGAUCAUCGGACACAUUCCGUCGAAGGCGAUGGAGGCGCAAGAUGGGACCAGAGAACCGCCUCGGAGCAUCUGCCAUCUUUCAACUGGAAGGUGCACUGGGUGUUGAUACAGAGGAGAAGGAGAAAGACUCCAAAGUCGAUGCCUCAAAGCUGUUUGGUGCAAACACGCCUACUGUAUCCUGCUCCUUUGACAGGUCAUACAUGUACCAUCUGCGUGUCUACAUCUUUCAGGCACGGAACAUGACAUCUAUGGACAAGGAUAGUUUUUCGGAUCCGUAUGCACAUGUCUCCUUCCUGCAUGUCAGUAAGACGACUGAGAAGCUGCGAUCGACGCUGAACCCAACCUGGGACCAAACUCUGAUUUUCAGUGAUGUGGAGAUUUAUGGAGACCCUCAGAACGUUGUUCAGUGCCCCCCAGAUGUUGUUGUGGAGUUCUACGACCAAGAUCAAGUGGGGAAGGACGAGAUGCUUGGCCGCACUGUUUGUGUCCCAAUGGUGAAGUUGCUUCCAGGGAUGGAUCAGAAACCUAGACUCCUGUGGCAUCCCAUCACCAAGAAGGGUCAGAGGGCAGGGGAGGCACUGCUGGCUGCUGAAAUCAUCCUUAAAGACAAGUCAAGCGAGUCAGAGCUUCCUCUGGCUCCUCCAAAGAGAGCAGAGAACAUCUACAUGGUUCCACAGGGCAUCCGGCCCGUGGUGCAGCUCACCGCCUUGGAGAUUCUGGCUUGGGGUCUGAGGAACAUGAAAUCUUACCAGAUGGCCUCAGUGACGUCACCCAGCCUGGUGGUGGAGUGUGGGGGGCAGAGGGUGGAGUCAGCCGUCAUCAAGAACAUGAAAAAGAGCCCCAACUUCCCCAGCUCUGUUCUCUUCAUCAAAGUGCUCCUGCCAAAGGAUGAGAUGUACACACCUCCCAUUGUCCUGAAGGUGAUCGAUCACCGUCCAUUUGGCAGGAAGCCGGUGGUGGGUCAGUGCACCAUCGGUUCUCUGGAGGAGUUCAGAUGUGACCCAAACAUCAUCACCGCAGAAGGAGCUAUGUCUAACAAAAUGUCCCUGAUGACGGCUUCCACUCGCAAACAUCUUUCAAUUAACAUGGGCGAGAACAGACCACUGCUAGAAGCUAAGCUUGAAGAGAAGGAAAAAGAGACGGUUGACUGGUGGAGCAAAUUCUAUGCUUCAACUGGAGACGAGGAGAGAUGUGAACCGUACAUCAAGAAAGGAUACGACACCCUCAAAGUGUAUGAAUGUGAACUGGAAGAAGUCCCAGAAUUCAGAGGGCUGACAGAUUUCUGCAGCACCUUCAAACUGCUGCGAGGGAAGAAUGAAAAUGGAGACGAAGACCCCACAGUGGUCGGAGAGUUAAAGGGUUCAUUCAAGAUGUAUCCUCUGUCAGACGACCCAGGUGUCACUGCUCCAAUCCGACAGUUCAGAGAGCUGCCAGACAGUGGACCUCAGGAGUGUCUGGUCAGGCUUUAUGUGGUCCAGGCCAUAGACCUGCAGCCCAAGGACAAUAACGGCAAAUGUGAUCCGUACAUGAAGAUAACACUGGGAAAGAACACGAUUGACGACAGAGACCAUUACUUACCCAACACCAUCGACCCUGUGUUUGGAAGGAUGUUUGAGAUGACGUGUUUCCUGCCCCAGGACAAGGACUUGAAGAUCUGCGUCUAUGACUAUGAUCUCCUCUCCCGUGACGAGAAGGUCGGCGAGACGGUGAUUGACCUGGAGAAUCGCUUCCUGUCCAGAUACAACUCCUACUGCGGCCUGCCACAAACAUACUGCACUUCUGGCAUUAACCAGUGGAGGGACCAGCUGAAGCCGUCUCAGAUCCUGGAGAACCUGGCGCGUCUCAAGGGCCUGUCCAAACCACGGACCGAAGACAACGGCAACUCGCUGACCUUCAACGGCAAAGACUACACACUGGCUCAGUUUGAGAACAACAAGGAAGUCCACCAAUACUUGGGUCCAGCGCGGGAACGACUCUGCCUGCACGUGCUCAGAACGCAGGGAGUCGUCCCCGAGCAUGUGGAGACCCGGACCCUUUACAGCACCUUCCAGCCGAAUAUCUCGCAGGGCAAGCUUCAGAUGUGGGUGGAUGUCUUCCCCAAAAGCAUCGGCAUCCCUGGUCCUCCGUUUGACAUCACACCCCGCAAGCCCAAGAGGUAUUUCCUGCGCGCUGUCAUCUGGAACACCACCGACGUGACUUUAGAUGAGACCAGCAUCACCGGAGAACACAUGAGCGACAUCUAUGUCAAAGGCUGGAUGCCAGGCAUGGAGGACGACAAGCAGAAGACUGAUGUCCACUACAGGUCUCUGGACGGGGACGGUAACUUUAACUGGAGGUUCGUCUUCACCUUUGAGUAUCUGCCUGCUGAACAACUCUGCCUCGUGUCCCAGAAGGAGAACUUCUGGAGUCUUGACAAAACAGAGUUCAGGAUUCCUCCCAAGCUAAUCGUCCAAAUAUGGGAUAACGACAAAUUCUCAUUAGACGAUUACCUCGGCACUGUGGAGCUGGAUUUGCGCGACCUGGUUCCUCCUGCGAAGACGCCACAGAAGUGCUCUCUGGAGAUGAUGAACGAUCAGGACAUCGGACACCCCCGCAAGCCGGAGAACGCCAAGUCUCUGUUUGCGCAGAAGUCAGUGCAAGGCUGGUGGCCCUGCUCCAUUGAACAGGAUGGAAAGAAGGUGCUGGGUGGUAAAGUGGAGAUGACACUGGAAAUAAUACCUGAAGCAGAUGCCGAUGAGAGACCUGCAGCCAAAGGCCGAGACGAACCCAACAUGAACCCAAAACUGGAUCCUCCCAAACGCCCAGAGACCUCCUUCUUCUGGUUCACCAACCCAUGUAAGACCAUGAAGUUCAUCAUCUGGAGACGGUUCAAGUGGCUUUUCAUCGGACUCCUCAUCCUCAUCAUAGUGAUUCUCUUCCUCGCCAUCCUGUUGUACUCAUUGCCGAACUACAUCUCGAUGAAGAUAGUGAAGCCAUACGCAUAGAUUUACUGUGGAGGAGGAGCAGGAACUGAAAAGGACGAAUCGGAAUGUCUCCAGGAUCCCAUUGAGCACAGUUACAAAACACCUCCAUAUAUUUUUUGUUUUUUAUGCCUUAAGUGUUUUUGUUUUAGGGAAGGGGGUGCUUGCACGUUUGCACUGUUGCACUAUUAGAUCUACACAUUUUACCGUAAACUCUUUGUCUACCCCGCUGAACUGUGACAUAUUUGUAUGACCGAAGGAACUGGACAUCUACGAUUUGUUUCUAAACCACUGCUUUAAGCGCACUCUCUCACAAAAUUGAUCUUCCUCUACACUGUAAUGCAAUCUAGUACAACAGUCCUGUCAUAAACUACAAUUUAAAAAAUGUAAACACACUGUGCAACAAGUAGUUGAUUCAACUGUUUUUAUUGGUAUUCGAUUGUAAAAUUUUACUGGGUUGCACAAUGAAAUAAGAGGUUUAUAAUAUUAAUGCACGAUGUUUGUACACGAGGUGACAUCUAAUGAAAGUUUCACCAUAGUUUCAUCACUUUAUUCUGCCAGUUCUAUUAGACAGCAUUACAGUGUACCAGGGUGUACCAUCUUUGUCUCUCAAUGUAAUCCUGCCAAAGAUUUUUAUUAGCAACAGUCAUGUCAAAUGUGUCUAUCUUCUGUUAAAUAAUAUACAAAAUA